UCACUACCGGGCCGAGCCCACACUACCCGCCACUCUACGCGACGCGCGGAGCGCGCCGGGAGUUGUAGUCCCGUCGCUCGCCGCGGCCCCGCCCCGAACCCGGAAGUGCGCGGGGCCACAGGCGGAGGCGGCUCUAAGAUGGCGUCGCCUCCUCAGGGGGGCCCGAUGGCCAUCGCCAUGCGGCUGCGGAACCAGCUCCAGGCCGUCUACAAGAUGGACCCGCUGCGGAACGAGGAGGAGGUGAAGGUGAAGAUGAAGGAGCUGAACGAGCACAUCGUGUGUUUCCUGUGUGCUGGGUACUUCAUCGACGCCACCACCAUCACCGAGUGCCUGCACACCUUCUGCAAGAGCUGCAUCGUGAAGUACCUGCAGACCAGCAAGUACUGCCCCAUGUGCAACACCAAGAUCCACGAGACGCAGCCGCUGCUCAACCUCAAACUGGACCGGGUCAUGCAGGACAUCGUCUACAAGCUGGUGCCCGGCCUGCAGCACAGUGAGGAGAAACGGAUCCGGGAAUUCUACCAGUCCCGUGGCCUCGACCGGGUGACACAGCCCAGCGGUGACGACACGGUGGGGGGUGACCCCAUGGGGCUCCCCUACAGCACCUUUGACCACUCACGUGCCCACUAUUUCCGCUACGACGAGCACGUCUCUCUCUGCCUUGAAAAGCUGAGCUCCAGCAAGGACAAGAGCAAGGCCGUGCUGCAGCAGAAGUACGUGAGGUGCUCGGUGCGGGCGCAGAUCCGGCACCUGCGGAGGGUCCUGUGCCACCGACUGGGGCUGCCCCUGCAGCACGUGCAGAUCCUGUUUGACAACGAGCCCCUCCCUGACCACAUGACGAUGAAGCAGCUCUGGCUCUCGCGCUGGUUCGGCAAGCCUGCGCCCCUCCUGCUGCACUACAGCAUCAAGGACAAGAGGAGGUAGGGGCAGGGGUUGGGUGCUGCCUCCCCCCGUGCAGCCCUGCUCCCGCCCCCCAUAACUUAUACCACCCUUCGAGUUUAUUUUUGGAAUAAAAUUGUGGAAAAACCC